CCCCUCUCAUCAUUUUCUCGUAAAUAUGCAAUUUUUCCAUUUAACCAAUAAAUUCAAUUAUCAAUUGACAUUGAAAGCCAAUUUAGUUUGGUUCGUGUGCAGAAGCUGGAAGCUGUAAAGCUCUACGUUGUAGCAGUGAAGGGUUAAAUUAUGGCAAGAGGAAAGAUCGCGAUCAGAAGAAUUGACAAUCCGGCCAGUAGGCAGGUGACCUUCUCAAAACGGAAAAGCGGAUUAAUUAAGAAAGCCAAGGAACUAGCCAUCCUUUGCGACGCUGAAGUUGGAGUAACCAUCUUUUCCAGUACUGGUCGGCUCUAUGAAUACUCAAACUCCAGAUAUAAUGAAGAGAAGGAACAUCAUCAAUUGUUGACACCCUUUUCAGAGGCCAAGUUGUGGCGGACAGAGGCAAAAAGGCUGAGACAGCAAAUGGACGAUCUGCAAGAGAACUACAGGAGACUUAAGGGUGAAGAACUUUCAGGCAUGAGAAUCGGCGAUCUCCACACUCUGGAAAACCAACUGGAAAUGAGAUUGAACAAUAUCCGCACUAGAAAGGAAAAAAUGCUAACUGAUGAGAUAGAAGAAUUAAAUCAAAAGAGAGCUCUUAUUCAUCAUGAAAAUAUAGAACUGUCUAAGAAGGUCACUCUCGUCCAACAUGAAAAUAGACAACUUCAUAAGAAGGGUUAUGGAGCAAUUGACAUUAGAAAAGAAGAGGGAAGUUUCAGUGGACAAGCGAAAUCAUGUGUUCCAGAACACGAAAUUAGAUUGGGGUUACAACUGCAAUAAAUCUGAUCGCGUCUAGCAGAAAGCAUGGCCAAAGUUAAGUGAUCACGCCCAACUAUGCCUUAUAAAAAGGACUAAGCGGUCGUUGUAAAUAUAAUCCGGUUUACAAGUCAGGA